AUGGCGAGCGACGAAUCGUCACCUUUGGUCGCCCGAAGUGCUAAUGGCCGUAGCAAGAAAGCGCUUAUCCUGAAGCUAACACUCGGUGGAGCGUUGCUGGUGCUGGCGUUGUGGCUGAUUCAAGACCACGGACACUCGGAUUCAACGCCCGAGGGCUCUUUUGUCUGCGGUGUCACCAACAGUUCCGCGGGUCAUAUCAAGCUAACGAACAAGGAGGACGAUCACUACUUCUACUGGUUUUUCGAGUCGCGCACGAGUCCCGAGACGGACCCAUUGGUAUUGUGGCUUACCGGAGGUCCCGGCUCUUCUAGCAUGUUCGCUCUAUUGACCGAGAACGGCCCGUGCACCAUCCAAGGCGACCUAAGCACCAAGUUGAACCCGUUCUCUUGGAACACCACGAACGUCAUUUGGCUGGAUCAACCCACAGGUGUGGGUUAUUCCUUUGGCUCUCCGGCUGACAAAGAUUUUAAUGAAACCAAUGUGGAACCGCGAGUUCUUCGUGACGGUGAAAGUUAUGGCGGACACUACGUUCCAGCAGCAGCGCACUAUAUUUGGUCGUUGAACAAGGAAACCAAGGCGAGUGACGAGGUCCCGCUUAUCAAUCUCCAAGGCCUGGCAAUCGGCAAUGGUCUCACCAACCCGGCGGUUCAAUACGCUUACUACCAAGACAUGAACCACAACCGAUACAACCUCACGCUCUUUACAGAAGGCGAAGAGCAGCAGAUGAAAUCUGAUAGUGUAGAGUGUAUUCGUUUAACGCAAGACUGUCAAGCAACACCACGCAAUGAUACAGCUUGCAAGAUAGCGCCAGAGUGUUGGUCCGAAAAGCUCAUCGCUCCGUUCAGCAAGGCAAACCGCGACAACUAUGACAUUCGCCGGCCGUGCAACAACAGCGACCCCAACUCCGCUUGUGGCGCUCAUCUGCUCAUUGCAGAAUACUUGAACUCGCCAACAGUACGCAAGUAUUUGAACGUAAAUGAGCGUGCGCCGGCCUGGCACGAAGACAGUGAUGAAGUGGAGAAGACAUUCACUGGCGAUGGCGACUGGUCCAUGCCGUUCCAUCAAUUCGUCGCUGAGAUGCUGGACGACGCUCUUCGCGUGCUAAUCUACGCUGGAGACGCCGACCUCAUGUGCCCCUGGAUCGGCAAUCGAGCCUGGACGCUGGAUCUCGAGUGGCAAGGCAAAGAUGGCUACAAUGCAGUCGAAGAGAGAGCAUUCAUCGCACAUGACCCGCUGCUACCCGAUGGAGGGAGCAACAUUGACGCGGGUGUGGUUCGAUCUUUUGACAACUUCGCGUUCGUCCGCGUGUACGAUGCUGGACACAUGGUGCCCAUGAACCAGCCCGCAGUCUCGCUAAACCUCAUCAACAGGUUCUUCACGAACAAAACGCUGUAA